AUGGAGAUCUCUCUUCUGCUACUCAGCCUAGGACUGAUUCUGACAAGAUAUUCAGAGAGCAAAAUGAAGAUAAUUAUAGAAGAAUUUUCAAAGGAAGAGAUGCAAUACGAUGUGACAAAACAUGACCAAAAAAAGCAGACUCUUGAGGUAUUUAAUAUAAUGUUUUAUAAUAAUACCAGAGUCUGUAUGCCCAAGAAUAUUUUGUCUUCUUCAUUACUGAUGUUCAGAAGAUCACAUUAUAACUUUUCCCAGGGAAACAGUUCAGGCAAUGACAAAGAAAAUCGCAAUGACAUGAUAUUCUGGACUCAAGAUUUGGAAGUUAAUGGGUCCUAUGAGGUGAGGAAGAACUAUGUUCAUGGCUCCUUAUCAGUGAAAUGUGAUAACCCCAAGACUCCCAGCUGUAAGUGUGGACAGAAUCCUGGGAUAAGCUAUGCUGAUAGCCUGGAGUUGAGGACCAAUAUAUGCCAGUUCAUCAUGAACAAACAAUUUACCUGGUCCCAGCACUACAGGAUCACGUCAGUGAAGAAAAUAUUGGCAGUGCUACCGGGUCAUUCUCUGAUGAGUUAGUUAGUUAGUGGUUCCAAGCUGUAA